AUGUACGAGGAGUUUUCUGCUGAUCAGCUGUGUCAGUCGCCAUCGACUAGAUGUGUUGCUCCUUUUAUGAAGAUGCAAACAAAUAUUGUUGUAUCGCCGAAUCACCGCCUAGUCACUUGUCUUGUGCAAAAGAACAUGUCCACCUUGAUAUUCUGCGAACAUAAAAACCUUUUCGAUGGCGUCGACGCGAUGUUGCGAUUCCUACAGGUGAAAAAUUCGUCAGAAUGGAGUCUUACGAUGGUAACCCGUGAACCAGCUGAUCGCUUUCUCUCGGGGUUCAUCGAUCGAUGUUUGCGAUUCUGCGAACAUAAAAACCUUUUCGAUGGCGUCGACGCGAUGUUGCGAUUCCUACAGGUGAAAAAUUCGUCAGAAUGGAGUCUCACGAUGGUAACCCGUGAACCAGCUGAUCGCUUUCUCUCGGGGUUUAUCGAUCGAUGUUUG